AUGGUGCUUGGACAGACGAUCACGAUUGUGAACCAGUCCGGCAAGGUUGUGAAAACAUCGAAGAAUCUUGCCAAUGUGUGGAAUGAGGCUAGGAGUGCCUACAACGAGAAGAAAGCGGAGCUACUCGCCUUCCGGAGGGGCGACCAGGCCGGUAGAAGUGGCGAGCGAAAUGCGAGGCGACAGCUGGAAGCACUGAGCUUGGCGGAUGACUUGGAAGCGCGUACGAGCUCCCGGCAGGAGCGCUCGCAUCGACCAUCACCGCUGCGCCGUGAAACGAGUGACUUCGGAACGGCAGAACCGCGGAUAGGCGAGCUCGCAAGAAGACACACUUCAGACCUCGAAGAGCUCCAUCGCCACCGCCCAGUGCUGCACUCUCGAAAUGCCAGCUACGAUGGUAUAGACAUGGAUCUCGCUUAUGGUGAGCUACCACCGCCGCUUCCAGAGCGCAAGUACGACGAUGAGGUUGCGCUGCGCUCGAAGAUGAGCGGUCUACAACGCUUGCUGGACGAGUGCAAUUGCUUGCAACAUUCCGCCACUGCCAUUAUCCAAAACCUGCAAAAGAACCCGGAUAACCUCGCCGCUGUGGCACUGACGUUGGGCGAGAUCAGUAAUCUCGCCACCAAGCUUGCCCCAGGUGCUCUUAUGUCGAUGAAGGGCUCCUUUCCUGCCAUCCUUGCUCUUCUUGCCAGCCCGGAGUUUGCUAUCGCAGUAGGUGUCGGCGUCGGCGUUACGAUAAUCGCAUUCGGCGGCUACAAGAUCAUCAAGAAGAUUCAAGCAAAGAAAGACGAGCGGCGCCUGAUCGACGGUGUUUCGCGCGUCGAACCCAUGCUUGUAGCCAACGAGCCAGACAGCCCGAGCCAGGUGUCAGAGAUGGAUGAGCUUCGUGAGAUUGAUCGAAUUGAGCUGUGGCGGCGCGGCAUUACCGAAGCUGAAGCCGAGAGUGUCUGCACUAGCGUUGACGGCGAGUUCAUCACGCCGGUGGCUACCAGGACGUUGAUUGAAGAAGGCCGCUUAACAGAAGCUGAGCUGAAACCGAAGACGACGAGCGGAAGUAGGAAGCACAGAAAAAGGUCAACAGGCAGUGCGCACGGCAGCAGGAGCAGCAGUAGCAAAAACAAGAGUGGGAGCAGAGAGAAGGCUACGAAGGCGCCCAGCGGCCUGCGCAUGCUUUUCAAGACCCAUGCUUGA